GAAAAGAAUUGUGCGAAUGGUCGAUGGGAUUCGAAUAGCUGCUCGCAUUGUGGAAACAGAAGCAUAUCUGGGAGCAGUGGACAAAGCAGCUCACUCGUACAAAGGUCAGACUGACCGUAAUAAAGCAAUGUUCAUGCAGCCUGGCACAGCCUAUGUGUACAAUAUCUAUGGCAUAUACUGCUGCAUAAAUAUAUCCAGUCAAGGAGAGGGAGCCGCCGUGUUGAUUCGAAGCGUGGAGCCAGUGGAAGGCAUGGAGAAGAUGCUGGAACUGAGAGGGAGCAAGUCUUCGUCCAAGAAGACGUUAAAGGCUAGAGACCUGGGAAAUGGACCGUCCAAACUGUGCCAGUCUCUGGCCAUCACCAAAGCCAGCAUCAACCAGAGGGAUCUGGUUACGGACGAUUGCAUCUGGAUAGAAGCAGACGAGCCGAUUCCAGAGGAACAGGUCGUGGUCACAGCGCGCAUUAACAUAGGGUACGCUGAGGAGUGGACAGACAAGCCCCAUGACUAUGUUCUCCACAAUGCCCACGUCAGCGUCAGGGACAAAAAAAGCAGAGCAAGGGCUGGCGUCAUCUGGUCUUACAAGCAGUUACUUUUGAGAACAAUUAAAGGCCUGGUCUAGUAAAAUGCAAUUUUGUUUCUAAUGACUGUAAACAAUGACUGUACACAGAAACAUCAUCCUCGCAGUCAGGAUCACCUAUAUUAAC